AUGUUUCUUGAUUCGCAGUUUACACUGGAAAUGAUUCAAACUAAUCCUAAUACACCCAGGAGUUACAAGUUGAACAUGUCGAAAGAUGUUGCACCAAUGUGUGUUUUUUCCAAAUCUAACCAAGGAAAGAUCUCGGUGGAGGGGAAGGUUGAGUGUAACUUUGACAUGGAACCUCAAAAUUUAAGGGCUUAUAGUAAUUUAUGCCGCGACAGAACGAACGAGGCUGCGGUUAAGACCAGAAAAGCUAAACCCUUGUUUGUUCUCGAGAAUGAUCAUGGCAUGUUCAUGAGGCCAAUGCCCGGCAUAGUUGUUGGCCAACUUCCAUCUAGUUCGAAGGAGAAGAGAAAAUUAACGCAGUCUAAACGGCAGGAUGCCAAACGAGUACGAAUGGACAAAGGAGAAAUGUUGAACAUUCUCUUUAGACUCUUCGAAAGGCAACCCAAUUGGAGGCUGAAGCAACUGGUCCUAGAGACUGACCAACCUCAGCAAUUUUUGAAAGAGAUGUUGCGCGAGAUUUGCGUGUACAACAAGAGAGGAUCAAACCAAGGAACCCAUGAGCUCAAAGGAGAAUACAAGAUUUUUGGGGGGAAUCAACAAUGA